UGUACACAAAAAUUAUUAUUGUCUACGACACUACAAUAUCUCAAUCAAUCCACAAUUAAACCGCAUUGUUCUAAAUCGCAAGGUAACUUUGACAUUGUUCUUGUUUUUCUUACAAUCAAGUCAAUAUUUACACUUGCUGGAAAAACGUCAUUGGACUACAGGAUUUUGGGUAUAAAAAGGCUGAGGAGUUUUUGAUCGGCAUCAGUUCGGUUUCAACUCUCACCACAAUGAGAGCAACCACCCUCGUGAUCUUGUGCUGUGCGGUGGCGUAUGCCGGAGCCCAACAAGUGGAUGAAGAUGCCGCCCUUGCGGCUAUGUGGAACUUGGAGAGCCAAAUGAGCGAAACCAAAUCUGACAAGCGUGACUCCAUUUCCGUCGAGAACGGAACAACUUACGAAAAACAAACAACUCGCAAGGAGUUCCACAGAAAAGUUGCUAAACCAAAUAUCUCAGGCGAAGACAAGAUAGUGAGGACGUUCGUCAUCGAGACCGCCGCUGAUGGUCAAGAGACCAUUUACGAAGAGGAUGUGGUCAUCCACAAGGUGCCAGGUGGCGGAAGCACGUCCACCGCCACUGGACGCCGCGCUAUUUCAGGUCUCGGUGGCUCUUCAGCCAGCUCUAGCGCUGCAGCCAACGCCGGUGCCAGCCCUCGCCCGCAAUCUGGUUCAACAUCCUCAUCAGCUAAUGCAGCAGCAUUAGCUCAAUCAGGACCAGAAGGACCAAGCGGGCCACGAGGACCAUACGGACAACAACAACAAGCUAGCCCAGGAGCUGCAGCUGCCGCUGCUGCCGCUGCCCAAGCAGGAUCACAAGGACCAUACGGACAACAAGGACCAGGAGCUGCAGCUGCCGCUGCUGCCGCUGCCCAAGCAGGAUCACAAGGAUCACGGGGACUACAAGGACCAGGAGCUGCAGCUGCCGCUGCUGCCGCUGCCCAAGCAGGAUCACAAGGAUCAUGGGGACUACAAGGACCAGGAGCUGGAGCUGCCGCUGCUGCCGCUGCCCAAGCAGGAUCACAAGGAUCACGGGGACUACAAGGACCAGGAGCUGCAGCUGCCGCUGCUGCCGCUGCCCAAGCAGGAUCACAAGGAUCACGGGGACUAGCUGCUGCCGCUGCCCAAGCAGGAUCACAAGGAUCACGGGGACUACAAGGACCAGGAGCUGCAGCUGCCGCUGCUGCCGCUGCCCAAGCAGGAUCACAAGGAUCACGGGGACUACAAGGACCAGGAGCUGGAGCUGCCGCUGCUGCCGGAGCUGCCGCUGCUGCCGCUGCCCAAGCAGGAUCACAAGGAUCACGGGGACUACAAGGACCAGGAGCUGCAGCUGCCGCUGCUGCCGCUGCCCAAGCAGGAUCACAAGGAACAUAUGGACAACAACAACAACAAGCUAGCGCUGCUGCAGCUGCCGCUGCUGCCGCUGCUGCCGCUGCCCAAGCAGGAUCACAAGGAUCACGGGGACUACAAGGACCAGGAGCUGGAGCUGCCGCUGCUGCUGCCGCUGCCCAAGCAGGAUCACAAGGAUCACGGGGACUACAAGGACCAGGAGCUGCAGCUGCCGCUGCUGCCGCUGCCCAAGCAGGAUCACAAGGAUCACGGGGACUACAAGGACCAGGAGCUGCAGCUGCCGCUGCUGCCGCCGCUGCUGCCGCUGCCCAAGCAGGAUCACAAGGAUCACGGGGACUAGCUGCUGCCGCUGCCCAAGCAGGAUCACAAGGAUCACGGGGACUACAAGGACCAGGAGCUGCAGCUGCCGCUGCUGCCGCUGCCCAAGCUGCCGCUGCUGCCGCUGCCCAAGCAGGAUCACAAGGAUCACGGGGACUACAAGGACCAGGAGCUGCAGCUGCCGCUGCUGCCGCUGCCCAAGCACGUUCACAA